AUGGGAUCUCCGAGCGGUGAUCCACCUUCAAAAGUUGAUGUGUGGGAGCGAAGAUAUGACCCAAAAGUUACACUUGGUGGUGUUACGUACAUUUCAAGGCGGUGUACAGACCGACACAUCUGCACUGCCAUUGGUCUCGAAUGUCCCUCACCCAACCGUCCAGUAGGCAUUUCAGCCUUAGGCAAACACUGGCUCCUCGUCCAUUCAUCGCUUGACCCGAACGGUGACAACUACAAAGACCGGUUGCAUACGUCGGGAUUGGUUGGUCGUGUCCUUUGGCCAUUCUACCACAUCCACAUGAUAUUUCGCGUCGGUUGCUACCUCGUGGCUCUUUUCUCCCACGCUUGCCUUGCAUCCCUCGUCUCGGACACCGACUAUGAUACAGCCAGUCUUGACUCGACCUCCCUUCAAUACACAGUCUCGAUUGGCCUCACCAACUCAACGGCCCCUCUGCUCGUCGUCACUGCCGAUGUCCACAUCACCACUCUCGACUCGGACACCACUGGCCGGUUGCCACGACAACCAACUGUCUUGGACCGUUACCGCGGCCAGCUGAUGCACAUCCGGUUCGAGCCCCGACCUGCCGGAGAGCCGAUCCACUGUCUGGCGGUUCGCGGUGCCGACGGUCUGGUUGACCGACUGUUUGUCGAGCCGUCGAGUCGGACGGACGGGGCUGGGGUCAACCUGUUGAAGGGUCUCGUCAGUCUGGUCAACUUCAACGCCGGCUUCGAGUCCGGCCUGGAGGUGGACGCCUCGGGCGAGUGCCAGGUCUUCUAUGCUCUGGUGGCCGGUGGAGCGGCGGACCGGACGGCCGACGGUGGCAUCAGCGUGGACAAGGAGAAGUUGAAAUGCCGCCAGUUGUCGGAGCAUCCGGACGCUGUGCGGCAUGGACUCUCGACGUUGAUGCGAAUCCGUGACACUCAAGCGCAUGGCGUGCGUCUGCACUUCGACGCCCAGUCGGGCCGUCUCGACAGCGUGAAGAGCAUCGAGAAACGUUGGUUCGGCUGGAAUCUGGAUCCCGGUGAGGGCGCCAGCGCGGAAAUCGCGAUUGUCGCCGAGCAGACGCUGAGCCGAAAGCGGCACCAGCAGCAGGAGGCUCGUGUCGACUUGGUGAAAGAAAUCGAGGCCACGCGAAAGGUGGAGCAGGGCCUGCCUCGCCUGAAUUUGGUAAUUAUUUGGCAAACUGGCCAACAUGGGAUUGGUUGGCUCGCAGUUCACGUUGAUUGGUUGCGACCCUGUCGACAGAAGACUCGAUAG